AUGAAAGUAUCUCACCUUGGGGGCAUCUCUCCAGGAUCGCUGCAGGUGGAGCGUUGGGAGGCGGGGGAGGAAGAGGAGGAGGAGGAGGAGGAGGCGGGCUGGGAUGCAUGUGAUGAAGAGGAGUUGUGUGAGGAUGACGAGGAGGAGCAGGUGGAGUCCAGGUUUCGAGGCAGCAGCAGAGAGGACGGCAUGCAGAGCCACGUCUCCAGGUCGGAGAACUUAGAGCAGCUCAGCAUCUCCAGGACGCUGAAGAGCAGAAACACAGAACACUACACGUCAUCUUUGAAGCAGAGGAUGCAUCAGGACUCCUGGAAGCAGAAGGAGGAGGAGGAGCUUCUCAAACUGCAGGAGGACCACACAGAGAGCAGCAGCAGUCUGGACUACAACUCCCAGAAUCCCCCAGGAGAGAUCCAGGAUGUUUCCCCUGUGACCUCUGUGACCCCGCCUCUAAAGCUCGUCGCACAGCUUCAGAACGUUUGGGCUUCAGUGAAGCUCGGCUGCUCUCUGGACCUGAAGAUCAUCGCUAGGCAACUGUGGAACGUGCAGCACAUGACACAGAAGAACUACAUCCUGUUCCUGAGGGUCCGCGAGCCUCAGGCCACGGUUAUGAUCCACCGGAACGGGACUCUGGUCAUCAUCGGAGCCAAGAGUCCGGAGAGCGCCCGAGUUGCAGCCAGACGGUGCGCUCGCAAAAUCCAGAAGCUCUGCGUUCCCGUCCGCUUCCUGAACUUCCAGAUCACCAACCUGAUGGCGACCUGCUGCAGUUUCCCUGUGAACCUGCAGCAGCUGGCUCUCUACCACCCCUGCAGCUAUGAACCGGAGCUGUUUCCUGGACUCUUCUUCAGGGGUUUUCCUGGGGUCUCCGUCUCCAUCUUUGUAACGGGGAAGAUUACUGUGACCGGAGUUAAAUCUGAGGCGGAGUUGAAGUCACUUCUGGAGACGCUCGGCCCGAUCCUGACCCGCUUCAGGAAGACCUGAUCCAACAAAUACACGUUUUUUACACCAAGAAUAAAGUCUUAUGUCCUUCAGGAGAUUCAUAAAUAAAACCCUCAGUAAUCAAUAACUACAGCUUGGUGUUUGCUCCACAUUUAGGAAGUUGUUAUAGGAUUGAAUAUGUUAUGUUACACACACUAAUGUAUUAUUUUUGAAGUCACACAUAUUGAAGUUCACUG